AAAACAUCUUAUGAUUACGUCAUAAACUAACGCGGUACAAAAUCAUUGGUUGAUAACACCUAGGUGCACAAGAACAUGCGUCACACUGGAUCAUUCAAUAUGCGUUAUAAGCUGACGUGUCGUAACAUCAAUGGUUACAAAAUAUCUAGGUGCAGGUACAAAUAGACAUGCGUCACACUGGAUUAUUCUCGGGUUUUAAUUCUCCACGAAGAAAUCUAAAAAGUGAGUCUCUCUUCUCUUCUCUCUUCUAUUGCCGGGAAAAACAAAAGAAAUUAAAGUUUCUUUUUCCUCCUCUUCCCUUCACUUUCUCUCUCACACUAACCAUAACAAACACACAAAAGCUCUCUGCAAUCAAAAAAAAAAAAAAUUCAAAUUCCGAGAUCGGAGAACUAACCGAAUCGAACCGAUGAAGAUGAAGCGAACCGUGUCAUCGAACUCAGAAGCGUAUAGUUACAACGAGUCACCACACUCUCCUCUUAGAUUUCAUUCUCCGUUAUCAGAUGCCGGAGAUUUACCGGAAAGCCGUUACGUUUCUCCUGAAGGAUCUCCGUUCAAAAUCGAGAAUCCUCCUAAGUCGGCGGCGGCGACGGUAUCCGACGGUAACAAGUUCAAUCAAUUCUCGCCUCUUCCUUCUCCGAUUCCACCACCACCUCCUCCUCAGUAUCCGCCGCCGCGACGACAACAACAACAUCAGAGGAAUACGAGAGCGCCGAUUAAUUCUUCUUCGGAUAAGUCUCCUUCGUCUAUGGUAGUGUUUAAUCGCUGGGUUAGAGAAGAUAAUGGUACUACACAGACUACAACUAGGAAGGUUGACGGCGGAGAAUUGGGAACGACGACGGCGACGACGGUGAACAGAGCAAGAAGAGACGAGUUAGUUAGUGUGACGGCGCUAGGGUUUAGAAUUACCGAAGUGAUUUUGUGUGUGAUUUCGUUUUCGAUCAUGGCCGCUGAUAAAACUCAAGGUUGGAGCGGCGAUUCUUAUGAUCGCUACAAAGAGUACAGGUAUUGUUUGGCUGUGAACGUUAUAGGAUUCGUUUACUCUGCGUUUGAAGCUUGUGACGCUGCUUGCUACAUCGCCAAAGAGAGUUAUAUGAUAAACUGUGGAUUCCACGACUUGUUUGUUUUCUCCAUGGAUCAACUUGUUGCAUAUCUUCUAAUGUCGGCGUCUUCAUGUGCUGCGACUCGAGUUGAUGAUUGGGUUUCUAAUUGGGGCAAAGACGAGUUUACUCAGAUGGCAACCGCUUCCAUCGCUGUUUCCUUCUUAGCUUUUGGAGCGUUUGCCGUCAGCGCUUUGAUUUCUUCUUACAGGCUCUUCAAUCACGCUUCCUCCUAGUUGUGCCUGGAACCAAAUGUUACUCUAUAUCAUCUAUGUACAGUCUCUCUUAUAGCUUAGAAUGGUAAUGUGUGAUACAAGAUUACAAGUUUUAAUAUAUAUGAAAAUAAAGGCAAGCGAAGCAAUCAUCGAA